AUGCUCGAUGGGUCAAGCCCCCAGGCUGGCAAGAUCUGGAAGAAGGCUAAUCUAACCUUCUCCUUUGAUGGCAAACGAAUGACUGAGACCUUUCUCAUUUGCAAUACAGGGUCUCAUGCCGCCAUCUUAGGAUUGAAAUGGUUGGAUGCCCACAAUCCGGAAAUUGAUUGGAACUUGCGUACACUCUCCUUCCCCCAUACACCGCCAGAACACGUGGCUAUCGCUGAGGAGGAGGAAGCUGACAAGAACCCCCUUGAAGGAGUACCCCCAGAAUACCAUCAAUACGCCAAGGUAUUUGGGGAGGAAGAAUUCAAUAAGCUUCCACCUCACAGACAUUAUGACAUUGGGAUCGAACUCACAGAAGAAGGCCCCCUGAACUCUCCCCUCUAUAGCAUGACUGACGCCGAAUCAGCCACACUCAAGGACUGGCUCAGGGACAAGCUCAAAGCAGGCAAGAUCCGGCCCAGCAAAUCCUCUAUCAGCUCCCCCGUCAUGUUUGUUCCAAAAAAGGAUGGUUCCCGCCGCUUGGUUGUUGACUACCGCCGCCUUAACAACCGGACAAAGAAAAACGUAUACCCAUUACCCCGUCCCGACGACCUUAUGGCCCAGCUCCGCGGCGCCAAAGUAUUCACCAAACUAGAUCUAAGAUGGGGUUACAACAACGUCCGUGUCAAAGAGGGUGAUGAAUGGAAAACCGCGUUCCGUACCAAAUACGGCUUGUACGAGUCACUUGUCAUGACCUUUGGCUUAACCAACGCUCCGGCUUCAUUCCAACAUUUCAUGAAUGAUUUGUUCAAGGACCUGCUUGAUGUUUGCGUCAUCAUAUACCUUGAUGACAUCCUGAUCUACUCCAAGGAUGACGCAUCCCACACCCAGCACGUUCACAAAGUCCUACGCCGGCUGAUGGAAAACCAAUUGUUCUGUAAAGCGUCCAAGUGUACCUUCCACGUCACUUCAGUGGAAUACCUGGGAAUCAUUGUUUCGGACCAAGGUUUUAGCUUGGACAAGCUCAAGAUCCAGGCUGUACAGGAAUGGCCUACGCCCACUAAGGUUAAAGAAGUUCAAUCGUUCCUAGGCUUUGCCAACUUCUUACGCCGGUUUGUUGCCAACUUCAGUCACAUGGCAAGGCCAUUGCACAACCUAGUUAAGAAGGACACGCCGUGGAAUUGGGAUACCAAAGAACAGGAAGCAUUCCAAGGGUUAAAGGACGCCAUCACCAACGCCCCAGUCCUCUGUCACGCAGACCCUAGUAAACCAUACUUCCUUGAAACAGACGCAUCCGGCGCAGCUCUAGGUUCCAUACUCAGUCAAUGGCAGGGAGACGGACGCCUACACCCACUAGGAUUCCUGUCAGAAUCAUUCAAGGGAGCGGAACAAAAUUAUGACACCCAUGACAAGGAACUACUAGCAAUCAUCCGUUCCUUUGAAUACUGGCGUAUCUUCUUAGAAGGAACUCUGCACCCUGUCACCGUGUUCACGGACCACCGUAACUUAGAGUAUUGGAAGGAAUCCCGCACGUUCAAUCGUCGCCACGCCAGAUGGCACCUGUUACUGGCUGGGUAUAACUUCCAAAUUGUCUAUCGCCCUGGGAAACAAUCAGGGAAGCCAGAUGCACUCUCACGCCGAUCGGAUCAUGCCGACAUUCCACCCGCCGCCCAGACCAUGCUCCCUGACCCUGUAUUUGCCAACAUAGCAAUGGUAACCCCUGAGAAGGAACUCCAACGCCAGAUUGAGGCUGCCUUAGACCAAGAUGAAUCCCUGGAGGAAAUAUUACAAUUCCUCCAAAAUGAAUCUAAGGCACCCCCGUCCAUUAAAAAGGCAUUCAAGGAUUACGAGAUGGAGGCCGGUCUACUAUUCUACCAAGGACGCAUUGUAGUCCCAGAUGUUGGUACCCUGAGAACAGAUCUGCUUUGCAUUUUCCAUGAUAGUCCAUUGGCGGGUCACCCGGGUAGGCAACAAACUCUGGAACUGGUAUCACGCAACUACUAUUGGCCGGGCAUCUGCGCAGACACGUAUUGGCAUGUGGAUUCCUGUGAAACCUGUCAACGGAUCAGGAAACCAAAAUACGCCUCAAUCCCUCCGCAGCCGCUUGAACUCCCAUCUAGACCAUGGCAACACCUUUCCUAUGAUAUGAUUGUAGAUUUGCCAAAGGACGGGAACCACGACUCCAUCCUGGUCAUAAUAGACAGCUUCACCAAGUACGGGAUCUUUGUCAAAUGCUCCAAAAAGCUGAAAGCGCCCGAGCUGGCGGAGCUGUUCCUGGAACACGUAUGGAAACGCCACGGAAUGCCGGAGAAGACAGUAUUGGAUAGAGGGAGGGUCUUUAAUAACAAAUUCCUACGGGCUCUUUACAAACGCCUUGGAAUUGACCCGCACUUCUCAUCGGCAUACCACCCUCAAAGCGACGGCCAAACGGAACGGGUGAAUCCCUCCAUCGAACACUUCCUUAGGGCAUACUCAGGGGUGAACCAAAGGGACUGGGCCAAAUGGCUCCCCAUGGCGGAGUUUGCCUAUAACAACGCCGUACAUAGCAGCACGGGCAAAACUCCCUUCAAGGCCUUGUAUGGUUGGGAACCCACCCUAACACCCUCCAACGUACCAACGGACGUCCCAGAAGCAGACAAUCUAGCCCAAACCAUGGAAGCACAAUGGAACGAAGUAGAGUCUGCUCUCCGGCAAUCUAAGCAACAAAUGACAGCCAGGGAAGACGGGAACCCAACGGAGUUUGAAAUUGGAGAAGAAGUAUGGCUCGACGCCAGAAAUGUCAACCUGAAAACCCUAAGCCCAAAGCUAACGGAACAGCGCUUAGGACCAUUCAAAGUCACCGAGAAAAUCUCCAGUCGCGCAUACAGACUUGAACUUCCACCAACCAUGCGCAUUCAUAAUGUAUUCUACGUAGGUCUACUAUCAAAAGUUAAAAGGGAUAAGACGCGCGCCUUUGAAAAUUGUCCACCACCAGUCACAGUGGACGGAGAAGAGGAAUACAAGGUGGAAGGGAUAACCGAUGCAGAAGAACGCAACGGGAAGUGGUUUUUCCAAGUAAAAUGGAAGGGUUACGGCUCCAAAGAAAACACGUGGGAGCCCAGAGAGAACCUAAAAAACGCAGAAAAAAUUUUGGAGAAGUACGAGAAGGACAUGAGAAAGAAGGCCCUUGGCGCUGCCAAGGCCCUUAAGGGGGGGGCAGUGUUGUAG